CAUACCGCCAAAAUAUCUCAGAUUUUGAUCAAUUUAUUCCAGACCCUCUUUUUCUUGCACCUAGCUGAAUCGAUUCUAGGAUUUUGUGAUUCUUUUCUCUGCAAUGGCUCAGUUACUGCCGCCAGUUUGCACAGAUGCACUCAAAUUUCAGAAUCCAUUGACAAGUUUGUGUCCAAGAAGCAGAUGCGCUGCAGCAGGAAAAAAUAAUGUGGGGUGGAGCAGCUAUGGAGGGAAGAGGAAAGGGGUUGGGAGAAUCAGGGUUGCAUCUCAGGAAUCUGCUUCUUCUGAGGAUGUUGCAGAUGAUUAUUAUGCUGUUUUGGGUCUGCUUCCAGAUGCGACCCCGGAGCAAAUAAAGAAAGCCUAUUAUAAUUGCAUGAAAUCUUGCCAUCCAGAUUUGAGUGGUGAUGACCCGGAGACAACGAAUUUCUGCAUGUUCAUAAACGAGGUGUACGAGAUUCUGAGUGAUCCUGUCCAGAGAAUGGUGUAUGAUGAAAUCCAUGGAUACGCUCUCACUGCAAUCAAUCCGUUUUUCGAUGAUUCCAGCACGAAGGACCAUGUCUUUGUGGACGAGUUUAGUUGCAUAGGCUGCAAGAACUGUGCCAACGUUUGCUCGGAAGUUUUUGCCAUUGAGGAAGACUUUGGAAGAGCCAGAGCUUAUAACCAAGCCGGGAUGCUUGACAAAGUUCAGCAAGCAGUUGAGAGCUGCCCCGUUGAUUGUAUUCAUUGGACUUCUGCUGCUCAGUUAUCGCUGCUGGAAGAUGAAAUGCGCAGAGUAGAAAGAGUGAAUCUUAUUUACAAGCGUAAUAAUGCUUAUCAGGUCGCUCUGAUGCUCUCGGGCAUGGGCUCAGGAUCUUCAGAUGUCUUUCGGAUGGCGAGCGGUAGAUGGGAAAAGAGACAAGCUAAAGUAUUGGCACAGGCUAAAGUGAGGAUGAUGAAGCAGAAAGAUUCUGGCCAAACUCCGACUUAUUGGGACAACCUUUGGGGCAACACGAAAGACUACGAAAGUAAAGCUAAUAAAGAGGAAGAAGUGAAAGAGAGGGCAGCACGAGCUGCUGCAGCUGCCCGUAGAUGGAGAGAGUAUUCCAGGAGAGGCGCGGACAAACGUCCUACAUACAAACUUCCAGAAGCCGUCUCUAACAAGGAGUAGUGGUAAGCGUUGUUAGUUCUAGCUCGACCACCCUCGUAUAUACGUACAUAUGCAUAUAUGUAAAUGCGAUUGAUCAUUCAUUCGCUGCAUCGUAUGCAGAACUGUAUAUAUAACCUUGUUAUACAUAAUUGAGACUUUUAGCAUUACAACA